CAAAAAAGAAAUAUCACGUUUAGUGUCUACAGCUCCAGCACCAAUUAUUUCCAACUUGAUGCGCACUUGCUUUUUUAUUCUUUUUUUUUUUUGCUGUUUAUUAUUCAUAUAUUCAUCUUACUGGAGUGAACAUUUUUUGUUUUUAUUCUUCUUUUGCACAUUUUUGAUUCUUGAAAAAUGUACCCAACCAUAGCUUGGACUCUGAGAUUACUCUGCUGCUUCUUGUUCUUGAUUUUUACAGAGUCCAGAGUUCCUCAAGAAGAAGUGAAUGUCCUCCAACAAAUUGCCAAAACGAUGGGUGCAACAUAUUUGAGUUUCGAUGCAGAUUUAUGCAGAGUCGAAGGUAUUGGAGUCACAAUUAAGCUAGCGUGGCAUGAUAAUAUUGUUGGAUGUGAUCAUGAAGACCACAUCACAAAAAUUGUAUUAAAGGGUUUAAAUCUUCCAGGAGUACUCCCACCUGAAUUGGUAAAGCUUCCCUACAUCAAAGAAAUUGAUUUUGCGUACAAUUAUCUCAGUGGUAGAAUACCAGUUGAGUGGGCUGCGACGCAGCUGACUAACAUCUCUGUUACUGUAAACCGGUUGUCAGGGGAAAUCCCAAAGGAGUUGGGAAACAUCAGCAGCCUUUUGUACCUGAAUCUCGAGGCGAACCAGUUUUCAGGCAGUAUUCCUUCUGAACUAGGGAAACUGAUCUACUUGCAAACCCUGUUUUUAUGCUCCAACCAAUUUGUGGGGAAGUUGCCAACUUCAUUUUCCAAACUCGUAAAUUUAACGGAUUUUAGGAUAAAUGAUAACAAUUUCAGUGGACAGAUUCCUGAUUUCAUACAGAACUGGAAACAACUUACCAAACUGGAGAUGCAUGCCACCGGACUACAGGGUCCCAUUCCAACAAACAUAUCUCUUCUGAAUAAGUUAACAGAUUUGAGGAUCAGUGACAUAGGUGGACCAGCUCAGCCAUUUCCUUCACUGAGUGAUAUAAUGGGAUUCCAUACCUUGGUAUUAAGAAACUGCAGCCUUUCUGGAGAGCUUCCUGUAUAUAUUUGGGCGAUGAAGGGUCUGCAAACAUUAGACGUUACCUUCAACAAGUUAGUCGGAGAAAUCCCAAACAAUAUUAGUGCCAGAAGUAUGCUGAAGUUUGUGUUUCUUACUGGCAACAUGCUCAGUGGAGAUAUACCAGACUCAAUUUUGAAGAGUGGAAUAAAUGUUGAUCUUUCCUACAAUAAUUUUACAUGGCAAGGACCUGACCAACAAGCUUGUCAGCAGAACAUGAACCUGUAUUUAAACUUGUACAAGAGCUCUGCAGUAGUAAGCCCCUUAAUGAGAAUUCAUCCAUGUACAAAGGAUUUCACUUGUCGUCGGUAUGGGUGUUCAUUACAUGUUAAUAGUGGUGGAAAUGAUUUUACUGUAAAGGAAAGCGAUGGAGAAGUUCAUUAUGCAGGAGAUGCAAGCGUCGAUGGUGGUUCUGCUAGAUAUUUCAGCAGUAGCACCAAUUAUUGGGGAUUGAGUAGCACUGGGGACUUUAUGGAUGAUAAUAACGACCAAAAUGCACGUUUUAUUGAAAGUACACCAUCAAAAAGCCUCUCUGAAUUGUACAAUAAUGCACGGAUGUCUCCACUCUCACUCACUUACUUCCGUUAUUGCUUGAGCAACGGGAGUUACAAUGUCAGCUUGCACUUUGCUGAGAUAAGUUUUACAAAUGAUAGCACCUAUACCAGUCUUGGAAGGCGAGUAUUUGAUAUAUACAUCCAGGAGAAAUUAGUUUGGAAAGACUUCAAUAUUGUGAAGGAGGCUGGUGGAGUUCAAAUGCCCGUGGUGAGGCAUUUUAACACUAGUGUAACAGAUAAUAUUUUGGAGAUUCGAUUUUACUGGGCCGGCAAAGGAACUAUCAGAAUCCCAUCCAGGGGGCAUUACGGUCCUCUAAUAUCUGCAAUCUCACUCAAACCAACUUUUGGAUCUUGUUCAGAGGAAGAUAAAAAGAGUGCGACUGUUUUUGUUAUUGUUGGAGUAGUGACUACAUGCAUUUUCCUGUUGUUAAUAAGCACACUUUGGUGGAAAGGAUAUCUUCAAUGCAAAAAGAAACAGAGAACAGAUUUAGAGGGCAUGGAGCUGCAGACCAUUUCCUUUACUUUAAAGCAAAUAAAGGCUGCAACUAAUAACUUUGAUGCUUCUAACAAGAUAGGGGAAGGUGGUUUUGGUGCAGUUUUCAAGGGCCGGUUAGCUGAUGGUACUUUAGUUGCAGUGAAGCAGCUCUCGCGUCAAUCAAGACAGGGGAACCGCGAAUUUUUGAAUGAGAUUGGCAUGAUUUCUUGUUUGCAACACCCAAAUCUUGUUAAGCUGCAUGGUUGCUGCAUUGAAGGGACUGAAUUACUGCUCGUAUAUGAAUACUUGGAAAACAAUAGCCUCGCUCGCGCAUUAUUUCAUUCAGAGAAAAGUCAGUUGAUGCUUGAUUGGCCGACAAGGUUCAAGAUUUGUGUUGGGAUCGCUAAAGGUCUGGCUUUCCUUCAUGAGGAAUCAAGCCUUAAGAUUGUACACAGAGACAUUAAAGCUACUAAUGUACUGCUAGAUAGAGAACUAAAUCCCAAAAUUUCGGACUUUGGGCUAGCUAAACUUACUGAAGAUGACAAUACCCAUAUUAGCACUCGAGUUGCUGGAACAAUAGGAUACAUGGCACCAGAGUAUGCACUAUGGGGUUAUUUGACUUACAAAGCAGAUGUCUACAGCUUUGGAAUUGUCCUCCUGGAAAUUGUUAGCGGCAAGAACAACUAUGGCUAUGUGCCUUCUGAGAAUUUCAUUUGUCUUUUAGAUUGGGCCUGUCACUUGCUGCAAAAUGGAAAAAUAGAGGAGCUGAUUGAUGAUAAAUUGGGUUCUCAGUUUAGCAAAGCAGAAGCAGAAUUGAUUAUUAAAGUAGCACUAUUAUGCACUUGUGCGACGCCAUCACUCAGGCCUGUAAUGUCUGAGGCUGUAGGCAUGCUUGAAGGAAAAAGAGAUGCCCCUGAUAGUAUCCCAGAAGCAAAUAUGUAUACUGACGAUUUGAGAUUUCAAGCCUUGAAAGAUUUCCAACAAGAGAGGCAAAAUCAAAGUGCGUCAAGUAAUCAAGCUCAGUGUUCAAGCAUCCAAACUGCCUCUGAUCUCUGUGAAUACAACCCCGAAUCAAGAUCUGAUGAAAAAAAUAAAAUGUUGCCACUAAAAAGAGCUGUUCUUUCAUGGAUUCUUGCAGUGAACUGCUUCAUGUUGUUGAGUUUGGGUGACUCAACAAGAGUUGCCCAAGAAGAAGUGGACAUUAUGGAACAAAUCGCCACUACAAUGGGAGCAACAAACUGGAAAUUUAAUGGUGAAUUGUGCCAGAUUGAAGCAGUCAGGGUUACAACUGAUCUUCCAAGUUGGUCCGAAACUGAUGUUGUAUGCAACUGCAGUAUAGGAGAUGAUACUGCCUGUCACAUAGUAGCUAUUACUCUUAAGGGUAUAAAUCUUCCUGGCGUUCUUCCACCUGAACUGGUAAAGCUUCCUUACAUUCAAAAAGUUGAUUUUGCAUACAAUUACCUCAGUGGUAGUAUACCAACUGAAUGGGCAUCAACCCAGUUAAAUUCCAUCUCUGUUCUUGUGAACCGGUUGUCAGGGGAAAUACCGAAGGAACUGGGAAACAUUACCAGCCUUACCUAUAUAAACCUUGAAGGAAACCGAUUCUCAGGCAUUAUUCCUGAUGAACUAGGGAAAUUGAUAAACUUAAAGGCGCUGAUAUUGUCCUCCAACCAACUGGAGGGGGAGCUGCCAGUGUCACUCUCUGGACUUGUAAAUUUAGCAGAUUUUAGGAUAAGUGAUAACAAUCUCAGCGGACCAAUUCCAGAUUUUAUAGAGAAAUGGAAGCAACUCACAAAAUUAGAGUUGCAUGCCACCGGUUUAGAGGGUCCCAUUCCAUCAAGCAUAUCUCUUCUCAGUAUGUUAACCGAUCUGAGGAUUAGCGACAUAAAAGGACCAGUGCAUGAAUUUCCUCCUCUAAGUAACAUGACAGACCUAGAGAGACUGGUACUGAGAAACUGCAACCUUUCGGGAGUAAUUCCAGGAUAUAUUUGGAAACUGAAACCUAUACAAACAUUGGAUGUUAGUUUCAAUAAGCUCAUUGGAACGAUUCCGGAUGACAUUAGUGCAAGAAGUAUGCUUAAAUUUGUGUUUUUAUCUGGUAACAUGCUCAGUGGAGAUAUACCUGCCUCAAUCUUGAACAACGGAAUAAAUGUCGAUCUUUCCUACAAUAACUUUACUUGGCAAGGCCCUCAACAACCAGCUUGUCGGCAAAACACGAAUUAUUACAUAAACCUGUACAGGAGCUCUGCAGUUGCAGGGACUCUUAAGAAUAUUCUUCCGUGUACAGAGGAUUUAACUUGUCCAAGAUAUGGGUGUUCCUUGCAUGUGAAUUGUGGAGGAAAUGAUGUUGCUAUUACAGAAAACAACAGGCUUAUUAAUUUUGUCGGAGAUGCUCAUGUUGAAGGUGGUUCUGCAAGAAAUUUCCGCAGUGAUAAUUACUGGGGAUUUAGUAGCACCGGAGACUUCAUGGAUGAUGAUAAUGAUCAGAAUACACGUUUUAUUGAGACUAUACCAUCAACUGACCUGCCUGAACUGUAUAGUAGAGCAAGGGUUUCUCCACUUUCACUUACUUAUUUCCAUUAUUGCUUGGAGAAUGGGAGUUACAAUGUUAGUCUGCACUUUGCUGAGAUAAUAUUUAAAAACGACAGUACAUAUAACAGUCUUGGAAGGCGCAUUUUUGAUAUAUAUAUCCAGGAGAAACUAGUGUGGAAAGACUUCAAUAUUGAAGAGGAAGCUCUUGGAGUCCUAAGGCCUGUGAUCAGAUACUUUAAUGCUACUGUAACAGAUAGUGUCUUGGAGAUCCGAUUUUAUUGGGCUGGCAAGGGCACUGCCCGCAUUCCUCUUAGGGGACAUUAUGGUUCACUCAUAUCAGCUAUCUCAGUUGACUCAACUUUCAAGUUCUGUUCAAACAAGGACAGAAAGACCACAAUAGUUUAUGUUAUUGUUGGAGUUUUGGCUGCAUGUAUCACGUUUUUUGUACUGAGCAUACUUUGGUGGAAAGGCUGUCUAUGUAGAAAAAGUAAAAGAAGAGAUCUCAAUGGUGUAGAGCUGCAGAUGGUUUGUUUUACUCUGAGACAAAUAAAAACUGCCACUAGAAAUUUUGAUGCUUCAAACAAGAUUGGCGAAGGUGGUUUUGGUCCUGUUUACAAGGGUCAAUUACUUGAUGGUACAUUAGUUGCAGUGAAGAAGCUCUCCUCUCAAUCAAAGCAAGGCAACCGUGAAUUCUUGAAUGAGAUUAGCACGAUAUCCUGUUUGCAACACCCCAAUCUGGUUAAGCUUCAUGGGUGCUGUAUUGAAGCAGACCAGUUACUGCUUGUAUAUGAAUACUUAGAUAACAAUAGCCUUGCGAGCGUUUUGUUUGAGAACAGUCGGUUGAAUCUGGAUUGGCCUACAAGGUUUAGGAUCUGUCUCGGAAUAGCAAGAGGUCUAGCUUUUCUACACGAGAAAUCAAGCCUAAAAAUUGUACAUCGGGACAUCAAAGCUACCAAUGUGCUUCUGGAUGGACAGCUCAAUCCCAAAAUCUCCGACUUUGGACUAGCUAGAUUCACUGAAGAAGAGAAGACCCAUAUUAGUACUCGAGUUGCUGGAACAAUAGGAUACAUGGCACCAGAAUACGCACUCUGGGGUUAUUUGACUGACAAGGCAGAUGUUUACAGCUUUGGAGUUGUACUUUUGGAAACUGUCAGCGGAAAGAACAACAAUAACUACAUGCCUAGCCACACUAGCAUUUGUCUUUUAGAUUGGGCCUGUCACUUGCAACGAAGUGGGAGUAUAGAGGAGCUCAUAGAUCAGAGAUUGGGGUCUGAUAUUAAUAAACAAGAAGUGGAGAAAAUAGUAAAAGUGGCACUCUUGUGCACUAGUGCCACUCCCUCACUCAGGCCUAUCAUGUCUGAGGUAGUGUCUAUGCUUGAAGGACGAAUUGCUAUUCCAGAUGAAAUUCCAGAGGCAAGUACUUAUUCCAAUGAUCUGAGGUUUAAAGCCAUGAAAGAUUUUCAUCAAGAGAGGCAAAAUCAGAAGCUAAUUGAAACCCAAACUCAAAACACCCUAACUAUCCGAACUGACAUGGGCUCUUCUUCUGCAUCUACUACUAAUAUGUUCGAUUAAGUUCAGUUUCAAGAUCAAACAGACACAUAAUGUCAUUUCAUCCAUGGUAAGCCUGGCUCAUUCAAACUUGUUGUGUUCUCGAGGGUACUAGACCACCUCCAUGUGUAUUUAUACUUUGUAAUUUAGCAAUUUGUUCAAUUUUUUAUAUCAGGCUUGCUGUAUAAUGUAAAUACAUGUUCCAGUUUUGAAGGCUAAGGAUGCAACACUUUUUUCUUCUGCUACUGCACUUUUGAAACAUGAAAA